AUGUCAUCUGUGGCUUAUGGUAAUGGUGGUAUUCCUUCCAAUGAUGAUACCGCAAUGUCAUCUAUUCCUCAAUCAUCUUCUGGAGCAAUCACUCAACAUCCAUAUUUAACUUCAAAUACAAACGCUGCUUAUGUAGCGGCAGCAGCUGCUGUCUCAUCAGCAUCACCAUCAUCUCUAGGUCCAUAUCAACAUUAUUAUGGUCAUCCAUUACCACAACAACAACAACUUUUACAUGUUCAACAAACACCAUCAUUUUAUCCUCCGGCAACAUUAAAUCAUAUUCAACAUCAUGCUGAUUUUAGUAAUUCAUCAUCAUCGAUAGCAUCAUCAUCAAGUUCAAUGGAAUCUUCACGUAAAACAACGAAUCGUAAACGACCAACAGAUAAAACAACUGGUUCAACAAAAUCAGGCAUGAAACGAAAAGCAACGGAAGAUGAUCUUGAUGAUGAUGAUGAUGAAGAAAAUAAAUGUUAUUUACGUGGUACUUCAAUAUCAAAUGUCAUGAUGUCUAAUAAUAAUCUAAAUAGUGGUGGAGCUGGUGACGAAGAUAAAGAAAAACAAGCUCGUGAAAAUCAUUGUGAAAUUGAACGUCGUCGUCGUGUUAAAAUGGCAACAUAUUUUGCUGAAUUAUGCGAUAUGGUACCAGCAUGUUCGAAUUUAGCACGUAAACCUGAUAAAUUAACAAUCUUACGUAUGGCAGCACAAUUUAUGAAAAAUUUACGUGCAAAUAAUAAUUCAUUAUCAUUAAAUUCUACACAAGUACCUCAACAAGAUUUACAUAAACCAUCAUUUCUCAAUGAUCAAGAAUUAAAAUAUUUAAUGAUUGAAUCAUGUGAUGCAUUUUUAUUUGCACUUAAUUGUGACAAUUUACGUAUAAUCUAUAUAAGUGAUGCUAUACAACAAAUACUUUCAUAUACAUGUCAAGACUGGUAUUCAAGAUAUUUUUAUGAUUUUGUUCAUCCUGAUGAUGUAGAAAAAGUACGUGAACAAUUAAAUUUACAAUCACAAGAUGGUAGUCCAAAUGGUGGUGCUGGUGGACGGGUUCUAGAUCUUAAAACUGGAACGGUUAAAAAAGAUGGACAUACAUCGAGUACACGGCUAAGCAGUUCCAAACGAUCAUUUAUAUGCCGUAUUCGUGUUGGUACAACAAAUCCACUUGAACACACUCAACAGAGUCCAUUCGUAAAUCCAUCUGCAUUACGUCGUCGUCAUCGUACAUCACUUGGUCCAUCAAUCGAUGGUCAUCUUUAUGAAAUUGUUCAUAUAAGUGGUUAUAUUCGAAAUUUAAGUACACAUCAUCAUCCAACAUCUCAUCAUGAGCAUGCAAAUCAUCAUCCAUCAUCAUCAAAUUCCACUGGUCAAAUGGCAUUUGUUGCUAUAGCUCGUAUACAAAAUUCAAGUUCACCAAAUGUAAAUGAUUUAACUAAUGGUCCAACAUCAACAGCAAAUUCUCUUACAACAGAAUUUACAUGUCGUUGUCAUUGGGAGACAGGUGAAAUUUUAUUUAUUGAUCAACGUUGUACACCAAUUAUUGGUUAUAAAAGUCAUGAAUUAUUACAUAAAAUAAUUUAUGAACAAAUACAUCCUGAUGAUCAAAUGAAAUUUCAAGAUUUAUAUAAACGAACAGUUACACAAAAAAAUCUACCAAAUACAUCAGCAAAUUUAGCAAAUAUAAUGAUACGUUUUCAUACAAAUAUUGAUAAUGAAUAUAUUUCACUUAAAACUUCAAUAUAUGCUUUUUGUAAUCCAUGUACAGAUGAAACUGAAUUUCUUAUUGUUACAUUCUUAUCUAUUCAACCAACAACAGCAACAACAACAACAACAACGACAAAUAAAACAUCUGUUAUUGCUAACUCAAAUGAUUAUAAUCGACAAUCAUAUGAGACAUAUUCAAGAGCAACAAAUCAAGGUGCAAUUGUACAAAAUCCAGUUACACGUUAUUCAACUCAAUCACCCUCAACAUAUACUAAUACUGAUGGACAAGAAUAUUCAACUGUAAAUGAAACUACUGAUGGACGAACAUUUGUAAGUAAUAAUGGAGGUUCAACAUGGGCUUCAGCGAAUGAUAAUUGGACAACAACAUCAUCAGCAAAUAAUUCUCUUGUAUCAUCAACACCGAAUGCUGAUUAUGUUGAUAAUCAAACAAAUCUUACACUAUAUCAUCAAUAUCAUCAAUAA